UCCUCCCCUUUUCCAGUCUCCUGUCCCACUUCUCCCCAUUUAGGGAGGAGUGGGCCAGGUGGAAGAGUGGGCUGAGUGAAGGGGGUGGCAGAGAAGAAGGGAGUGGGAAGGUUUGAGUCAUUGGGUGUUCUACAAAACACCCUUUUCUCCUCCCCCCCCAGCACUUACUGCCACAUCCCUUUGGCAACUUUGGGGGCUGGAAUGGGAGGUGGAGAAGCUGGGAAAGAGGGAGAAGGGGUUGCCUGCAGAGCUCUGGGAGUGGGGGCAGAGAAUGAAAACAGCUCUGACUGCUUGCCAUCCACCCACCCUAGAUGAUCUUCCCAGAGCCAGUUCAGCAUAAAAUCCUAGAACAUUGGACUGGGGAGGCCUACUUCUGCGGUAUGAACUGUGACCUUGGGCAAGUCACUUAACCCUAUUUUACAGAUGAAGAAGCCGAGUUUCAGAGAGGUUACUGUUGGCUACCUACUUCAUAGAAGUGAUAUGAAAAUCCAGUUAGUUGAUGAAAGUGCUCACAUUGGAGAAGGAAGAAAACGAAACCUUUGGCUUUGAAAUCCAGACUUAUGGCCUUCACCAUCGAGAAAAGCAGAAAGUGGAGAUGGUGACCUUUGUGUGUCGAGUUCAUGAGGCCAGCCCAGCUCAGUUGGCAGGACUCACCCCAGGAGAUACGAUUGCCAGUGUGAAUGGUCUCAACGUGGAAGGAAUCAGGCACCGGGAGAUUGUGGACAUCAUCAAAGCAUCUGGCAACGUUCUCAGACUGGAAACAGUGUAUGGAACCUCAAUUCGGAAGGCAGAGUUGGAGGCCCGGCUGCAGUAUCUGAAGCAAACUUUAUAUGAGAAGUGGGGGGAAUAUCGAUCACUGAUGGUGCAAGAGCAGCGACUAGUACAUGGCAUCGUAGUGAAGGAUCCCAGUAUCUACGACACGCUGGAGUCUGUGCGCUCUUGCCUCUAUGGGGCGGGCCUCCUUCCGGGCUCCCUGCCCUUCGGACCACUGCUGUCCGCGCCAGGCAGCGCGCGAAGCAGUUCUGGACGGUCCCGAGAAGGCUCUGAUGACUCAGUCUACCACACGUGCUUCUUCGGAGGGGCAGAGCCCCCAGCCCUGUGCCCUCCGGCCCACACCCAGGCUCCACCCCCGCCCCCGGCUCCCCGGCCCCUGCUGAGUCGCAGCGCCAGCGUCAAGUGCCCAGGACCGGGCGGAGGCGGGGGUGGUGGCGCCUUGGGUCAGCUGUGGACAGAGGCCCGGGAACAGGGCCUGUGCGGACCCGGGCUGCGCAAAACUAAGUACCAGAGCUUCCGCCGGCGGCUGCUCAAAUUCAUCCCGGGACUGAACCGCUCUUUGGAGGAGGAGGAGAGUCAGCUGUAGGGGGGGUGUGAGCCGUGCAGAAAGGGGAGGGGGAGAACAAAGUUAUUUAUUUAUUUAUUCAUCAGUUCCUGCAACUGGGCUUGAGGAGCUCGAGUACUGAGCAGGGUUGGGGUGGAAGGGCUUUGUCUGACCCCCUUCCGCCCAACCCUUCUCGGAUCUGGCUGACCUCUUGGAGGAAGGAAUUGUUGAGAGGAGAGAGAGUUUUGUGUCCUGCCUAAGGGGCUCUCUCUGAUAGCCCUUUGGGGAAAGGAGCAGGGCGUUUGGUUAUCCUGGCUGGGUCUGUGGAGCAAAAAGCAAAGACUGUGGCAUCUGUGUAUGGGGCUUAUAAAGUCUAAGCUUGGGGGCGGGGGCAGGGCUCUAGUUCCUGAGCCUGUAGUGCCUUGUGGGGUAUGCCCCGUACCCUGGAUGGAGCUCCAGGAAUUUUGCCCCACACACUGGCUGCUCCUCAGCUUUACUGUGCCUCUCUCCUCUCCUCUCCAUCCCAACACCCAGUUCAGCCAGGGAGAGGAAUUACCCAAAUUCUUCCCCUCCUCUCUUCUUUCACCCAGGGGCGGGUUGGAAUGGUUGUCAUUUCCUGGGCUUCUGUGGGAGUGCUUCUAGAUUCUUCCCCUUUCUCCUCUGCCCUUGGUCACCGAAGGGCUUGGGAUCCCAGUAUGGAUCUGUUAAUAAGUGAAAUCAGCUUCCUUGUACUUAUCAGGGCACUCUAGGAAGACGACCCACUGAGGGGCCCUGGAGGAACUGUGAAGUAGGGCUCAUCCUGGGAACUUUAUCAUACCCACCUGAAGGACUGAAUUGGGGU